CGCACCGCGCCACCGGGGGUGUUGUUGUUUCUUGACACCAUUCAAUGCGAAAUUUAAGCAGGAAGCUACAAGAUUUGGAUGCUCACUUGAACCCCCCUUUAUCGACGGUGCAUGGCGCUAUAAGCUAUUACACGAUGCAGCGGGCGGCAGCGGCACGUUUCGCAUGGAAGCCCCUCUCGCAAGCACGCACACUCCACUUGGCGCCCCCUUUCCUUCUCGACGAUUAUAUCCCUCGCUACAUGACCUUGUCCUCUCGGGAUGCUGCCCUGAAAAGGUCGAGUGCCUACGCCCACCUGCGCAAUUGUAACCUUUGCCCGAGGCUCUGCGGCGUGAACCGCUAUGAGAAGACCGGUGUCUGUCUGAUCGGUACCGAUGUCGUGGUCAAUGUCAUCGCGCCGCACUUUGGCGAGGAGCCAUGCAUCCAAGGCCACAACGGCUCGGGGUCCGUCUUCUUCUCCAUGUGCAAUCUCCGUUGUUCGUUUUGUCAGAACCAUGACAUUGCACACCAGAAGAACGGGUUCAGUCUCACACCCGAACAGCUGGGCGAGUGGUUCGUCAAGCUGCAAGAGGUCGGGUCCACUCACAACAUCAACCUCAUCACACCUGAGCAUGUCGUGCCCCAGGUUGCGCUUGCCAUCAUGCACGCCAGAGACUUGGGCUUAACGCUGCCUAUCAUAUACAAUACAUCUUCCUACGACUCACUCGCCUCGAUAGAACUCCUUGAUGGGUUGGUGGACAUCUACCUACCGGACUUCAAGGUGUGGGAGCCAAGCACUUCCAAACGCCUGCUCAAAGCUCCGGACUACGCAGCGGCAGCAAGGGAGAGCAUCAAGGCAAUGCAUGCCCAAGUAGGCGAUCUAUGCUUCACAGGUGACGGAAUUGCCAAGAAGGGCUUGUUGGUGAGGCACCUUGUCAUGCCCGGCCUAGAAGAAGAGAGCAGGAAGAUUAUGGAGUUCCUAGCCAAGGAAGUCUCGACAGAUUGCUUCGUCAACAUCAUGGAGCAGUAUCACCCAGAUGCGCACGUCGGGAAACCACGGCGUAAAACGAGUGGUGAAAAGGAUAAAGAAGCCCAAGGGGUCGCCAGUGACCAGGAAGAGGUGCGCUAUUCUGACAUAAAUCGUGCCGUCACGAAUGAUGAGAUCUCCUCGGUCAGGAAGUCCGCUGAAGCGGCUGGACUUUGGCGAUUCUGUGACCCUCCAGGGCAUGACGGCUUCAACUUGUGAGCAGCACAUCACCAGAGAACGAGCACUAGUCAGGCACACUAUUACAUUAACAUGACCAAAACUCAUCUUCUUAAGAGGAAAGCGAGAAUGAGAAGACUACUAUCGGGCUCCUGUAGCUUACUUACAUUCCACCAAGUCAUGUCGCAGGAGAGUUCCCAGCACGGCGGUUUGGUACGGGGAUUUUACCUGAGAGCUCAGCCGGAUGAUAGGCGCUUUAGAGAGUUAUACUCUAGGGCUGUACGAAGUUAUCUUAUCGCAUGUGAUCUGUAGGAGAUUAGGCAGUGAACACGGAGCACGUUGUUCAACAUGUGAGAUACAUUGGUUGGAUACCCGUGCAUAACUUUCAAGGCUUGUAUACAAGCCGCAGGUUUAUCUCGCUCGAAGAAA